AUGUGCCCUUCCUCCGCCGGGACGGCGAUUGACUCCGGUUCUUCUCCCCUUGCAUCCGAUGCAAACCUUCGGGGUCCAGUGCUCGAGCCUCGGCAUCAGAUCUUGAAGUCGUUCACUAGCCAGGAAAUCAUGCGCUGGCCAGCAAUCGGGCAGGUCUACGGUUCUUUCUUGCGAGAAACCGGUGUGUUCAAGGUGGACAAGCACUGGGAAGACCCGCACAUCCGCAUCAUUGAGCAUAACAUCCGCAUCAUCGCCACAUAUACAGCCGAAUCAAGCUGGACAGGUUAUCAACGCUCCUGA